AUUGUGAAUGUAAAAGUAAAAGUUCGGCUCGGUAUGUUUCCUAUAGGCGGCUGCACCGCUCUGUCGUGCUCAUCAUGACACUAUAGGCUGCGGCGCAGGCGACGCACGCAGCAGCUUUUAAUUUGCGAUGUCUUUGGAGGAUUCGUUCGUUUUAAACCCCGAGGAGAACAGGCUCUGGUCCACUUUGAACCACACAGACCUGCAGGAGUACAUCUGGCUCCCCGGCAUCGGGAUUGCUGCCAUCUAUGGACUCAUCAUCCUCAUCGGUCUGAUGGGAAACGUGACUUUAAUGAAGACGUGUCUCUCCGUCAAGUCCAUGCGGACGGUGCCCAACUUGUUCCUGUCCAGCCUGGCUCUCGGUGACCUGGUCCUGCUGGUCACCUGCGCCCCGGUGGACGCCAGCCGCUACCUGGUGGACGAGUGGCUCUUCGGCCGGGUUGGAUGCAAACUCAUCCCGUUCAUCCAGCUCACAUCAGUGGGGGUCUCAGUCUUCACCCUCACUGCUCUCUCCGCAGACCGAUACCGAGCUAUUGUCAAGCCCAUGGAAAUCCAGAGGUCUACAGCCAGUUUCUAUUUCCAGGCAGCUGUGAUCUGGCUCAUCUCCAUCACCCUGGCUAUUCCUGAAGCCGUCUUCUCUGACCUGCACACUUUCAACAUCAGCCAGACUAAUGAGAUGCUUGUCACCUGUGCUCCAUACCCUCACGCCGGGGAGCUGCACCCUAAAAUCCACUCCAUGGCCUCCUUCCUGAUCUUCUACAUCAUCCCUCUCCUCAUCAUUUCGGUUUACUACAGCUUAAUCGCCCGCAGUCUGCUCAGGAGCACCUUGGGCAUACCUGUGGAGGAACACUUGCAUAUAAAGAAACAGAUUCAAUCGAGGAAGCGUCUGGCCAAAACCGUGCUGGUGUUUGUAGCGUUAUUUGCUGUCUGUUGGCUCCCCAGUCAUGCAAUCUACCUGUAUCGCUCCUACCACUAUAGCCAGGUGGACACGUCACUCGGCCAUUUCAUCGCCAGUGUGUGUGCUCGCAUCUUGGCCUUCACCAAUUCCUGUGUGAACCCCUUUGCCCUAUACUUGAUGAGCAAACGCUUCAACAAGCACUUCAACAAGCAGCUCCUGUGCUGCCGUACAUCAACUGGAUUUGACAGCCACAAUCCUGGAAGUACAAAUAUAACCUCCGUCUAAAAGUGUUUCAUCACCAUGUGGGCAGCUCUGGCUUCAUCUGUUUUUAGGGGGAUUGUGUUGCUGUGUUGAUGUGAUGUGCCAAUCUGUGAAUAUUUUCUGAAAAUGCUAUUCUUACAUCGACUCAAACAGGCCGCGUGUUUUGCUCUGACUAAGCAGCUUCAGUGUGAGCUGUCACAGGAUUACAUAUUUCUGCAAUAUUAUUCAGACCUAUGAAUGUCUACAAAAUAUGCACUAAAUACUGCAGAAAUGUAUAUAUUUAAUGUCUCAAUUUUUGAUUGGAAACAAAAGCUAUUUAACUGUCUAUUGCAGUGAUUGUCAUGUAACAGGGAUACAGGAGUUGAUACAAUAGCAUUCAAAGAGAUUGGAGGAAACUUUUCAUUAAAAGAAAAAAAGACAGUUGCAUGACAUAUAAAAAGUCAUGAUUUGUAUAAUUACUCUUUAUAUAUCUUAAUAUGUUUGAUAUCGAACUCAGAGCCAAACAGAUGCAAAAAUAUACAAUAUAUCACAUACAUAAAGUCAGCAUGAUGUGAUGUCAAAGGGCACUGUGUCAGAGAUAUAAUAAAUCAUAUAUACUGUAUGUAGAGAGGUAUUUGUUAAAUCUAAAAAGCUGUAGCAAACCACAUAGGAUAGUAAAUAAACUCUGUUCUGUUUGUUGGAUUUGAUUACUUCUGUGUGAGAACAGAAGUUAGCAAUUCCUUAGUUUAUUGAGACAACAGCCUGUUUAACACUAAGUUUCAUGUUGAUGCUUGUUAAUAUGUAAUAUACUGGUGCUAUAAUCAUUUAUAGUUUAUCAAUGUGUUCACAAUGUAAGAUAAUACUAUAUAUAUCUUGGACAAAUUACAGUGUGUAGCAGCAUGUGCUCAUUUCUUAUUAUUGUGAU